GACUAAAAGAGAGUAAGGCAGGAAGGCAGACAAAAGAUCCCGCAAGGAGUUCUGCCGCCCACCUUAAUGAAAAUUGUGAUAUUUUUUAAAAAACCCCAACAACAACAAGUUAAUUUUGUUAAAUACUUCAAAGAAUAUUUGCUUCGUUUUUAUACUCUACUAAUAAUAAAUUGCCUACAAAUGAAGAUGGAGGUGUUAUCCGUACAAAAUCAAUAUCCUGCUCAUUUUGCUCUAGCUACAGAUUGGAAGAGUCAACUCACAUUGUCCACACCCACACAAGGAGGUUCGUUGAAAUCUCAACCCUCCUAUAAAUUUACAACACCCUUUAAGCCACACCAUCACAUCAAUCAUUCACACCAUGGCAAUAUUAAUAGCAGCAGCAACAACAAUAAUAGCAGUAGCAUCAACUAUAACUUUAGCAAUAACAAACAGCAACAACAGCAGCAGCAACAACAACAUAAAACAAACAACACCUCCAACUCCUCAAACAAAUUGAACUGUGAUAAUACUACCACCACCAACAACACAACAACUAACAAUACAACAACAGCUUUGCAAACAGCCGCUGUCCAGGAGCUAUCGCUGCGCCUUUUGGAAGAGUUACGUGCGGCCAAAUCACGCCAUUUGGCCUGCACUGAAGUAUCGCUACCCUGUGAUCUCACGCCACGCAUAGCGUUGGAAAUUUUACGUCUGGCCCGUGAAGAAACUCACGGUCUACGCGAAUGCACCAUUUAUAUUGAAUUCGAAGACGAACCGAACAAUUCACGGCGCAUUGCCACCCUUGAUCUCAAUCAACAGCGUUAUGGUGUUGAUGCUCAGGCCUAUGAGAUCUAUGUGACACUGCGUCAGGAUCAUCGAGGCUGGACAUCGUUGCUGCCACAAUUUAUGAAGAAUUUAUCGCGCACCAUAACAAUAAGUCCCGACUUUAGUAUAACCAAACAUAAGCCAUACUCCAAGAGUUUGUGUUAGACACACACACACACACAACCACAGUGAUAAUCAAAUCUAACACUGGAUUAUAAACGAUAUAUAUGUAUGUAUGUGUAGAAGA